AAGGGGGAGUAUCGAUCGUGCAACUCGUCAGGCAGAGCCAAGGCAGAAUCGUUUGCUUGCAGGAGCUAGUAGUCAUUCAUUCGUCCUCUGUGCUCGAUUGCACGUUGUGUUCCUGUGGCUGGAUAGAGCGCCGACGAUGUAUCUCUGCAGAACGGCCUGGCAAAAACUGGGGCCUUUGGCACGGAAAUCAGCCACACAUUUAUCUAGAAAUGUGGGUCCAGUCCGGAGCAUGUCCUCCGGUAUUCCCGGGGGCUCGGGAGAGAAUAUCUUGUACUUCAUUCUCUGCGGAGGAUCUCUUGCCGCAUCAGUCACCUAUACUUACAAGACUAUAACUUCGGACAAUGCAAGAUAUAAUGAGAGAAUAGUCCAGAUCAACGAAAGGCCGAGGGUGGAAUGGGAACCCAAACCAUGGCCACCUAUGGGUUCAGAGGAAGAGGAAGACGAGGAGGCAGAAGAAGCGGCGGAAGAGGAGGCAGAAGAAGCGGCAGAGGAGGCUGAAGAGGUUGUAGAGCAAGCUGAAGAGGCGGGGGAAAGCGAGGCUGACGAGGCCAGUGGGGAAGAGGCUAGUGGUGAAGAGGCUGUCGAAGAACCUGUGGCCGUCAAGGAAGCAGCGGCCAUCGAAGAAGCAGCGGCCGGCGAAGAAGCAGCGGCCGUCGAAGAAGCAGCGGCCGUCGAAGAAGCAGCGGCCGUCGAAGAAGCAGCGGCCGUCGAAGAAGCAGCGGCUGUCGAAGAAGCAGCGGCCGUCGAAGAAGCAGCGCCCGUCGAAGAAGCAGCGCCCGUCGAAGAGUCAGCGGCCGCUGUAACCGAUGUGUCCGUAGAAGCGGUGUCUUCCACAGAAGCUGCAGUCUUCGCGGAGCCCUCCGAGCCCAUGGCGGCAGAGAUUGCGGUGGAGGAGGCGGCCGAAGCGGUCGCCGAGACAGCAGAAGUGGUCGCCGAGGCGGCUGAGGCAGUUGCGGAGGCGGCCGAGGAGGUGACGGAGGUCGCCGAAGCGGUGGCCACGGCGGCCAAGGAGUUGGAGGCGGCAGCCGAGGAGGUGGCAGCCGGGGGCACGUCGGAGACUGCGGAGGCCGCUGUGGUGGCCUCGGAGGAACCGGCCGUGGCUGAGAGCAACGUGACAGGCCUGUUGAGUGCUGUGCAAACAGUGUCUGCGGCGGAGACCGGAGAGAUCGCUGCUGCUUCAGUGUCCGAGGCGACCGCCGCGAUCAUAGCGGAAGUCCUGGACACGAAUGCGGAGGCCACAUCGCAAGCUGAGAUCCCAGUGGUCUCUCCAGCUGUGGAGGAAGUAAAGCCUGCUGAGGUUGCUGUGGAGGUCGCAUCUGAGGCUGCCGUAGUGGAGGAAGUAAAGCCAGCUGAGGUGGUAGCGGAAGCGGAGCCCGCAGCAGUGCCCCUGGUGGCCGAGGAAGAGAAACCAGUCGAGGUAGUAGAGGAGGUUGUGGCAGUGCCCCCUGUGGAUGAAGUGGUAGCAGCAGUGUCCUUAGUGGCGGAGGAAGAAAAGCCAAUUGAGCCUCCAGUAGUACAAUCAGUGCUUGAAGCAGCACCAGAAGUGGCAGUCCCCUCAGUGGAGGAACCAGCUGCAGCGCCCGCGAUAGAUGAACAGCCAGCAGCAGUCGAAGUGGUGGAAACGGUGGUAGCCCCUUCAGAACCAGAGGUUACACAGACGCCAAUGGAAGUAGCAGAAGAGGUCCAUGCAAGUCCAGUUGUUCAGGCGACAGAAAUUCCAGCAGUGGAGGCUUCUCCUGAAACAGUGGCAGAGGUAGUUGCCCCAGCCGAAGCCACAGCACCCCCAGCAGAAGUGGAGGUCCCAGUGCAAGUGGCCGAGCCUCCUUUGGCAGUAGCCACACCCGCGAAGGAAUAUAUUGUGGUUGUACUGGAAGGCGCACCGAAAACACCUAAAACACCAAAGGUUCUGGCAAUGGCCCCCAUGACAGGAAGCAUCCCAGCCCCAUCUGAUGAUGAUGAGGAUGAAACCAGCCCUGCACCUGAGGUAAAAGAAGAAGAGACGUCUGCUAAGAGUGCAGAUGCUGUAGCUUCAGCUGGAAGUACGGAGUAGCUGGCAAUAAUCAGAGAAGAGAGUGGAUGUGCCUUCCUACCCUGCCCCCUCCAUCCCACCACCCUUUGGGCCUCACCAGUAGUUUGCCAUGCUGAAAAUAAUGCCUGCUUUAUGGAUCCAAUUUCUCUGAUUUUCGUACACAGCACUUGCAAAGAUAAGAUCUCUCACCCAGCACAAACCGCAAACUUAGUCUACCUUUGAUGCUCUGGGCCUUUAUUGCAACACUCAAUGCAUCCCUCACUUUGACGGCUAUGACACAUGUUGCUGCAUAUAAUGCUUACAGUUACAAUUUCGUGCACCAAUAAGGUUUAUUUUUCUAACUUGCCAAUUGAGCAUCCAGUUUUUAACAUGUCUAUAUUUGCCCAUCACUAUAUGGGUAAUUCCUAUUAUUCCAGUGGAACAGUUGAUACAGUUUACUAUGUUGGUCCUCACAGUGGGUGCAUGUUUCCCGACUCUUGCUCAGUGACCAUGUCAACGGGCCAAGUGAAUUAUUAUUAUUUAUAUUUGGAGCCAUAUUUCACAGCCAGCCAUGGUAUAAUUGUCAAUGAAAACAUAGUUAGGACCGGUUUUGAUAAACAAAGUCUAUUUUCAGGCAUCAGUUGGGAACAUGUUGUUCACUUCACUACCUCAAUUUUUUAUGGCUGAUGAUCCAUCAUGGAAUAUUUCAAUGCAACUGUAGUGCUGUACUUUCUUUACAUCUCCUAUGUGAAAAGUGUGUUGAGCACAAAAAAAGGGUGUCAGGUGAUGAUUUUGAGGCUUAUCUUUAACAAAAUACAAUAGAAACACACCUACUUGGUCCUUGUGUUCAGUAUUUCUCUUCUAAACACAGGCUUCUUUAUGCUUGGUCCUACCUCGUUAUAAGUGACAUUUUAAGUGUUUCAUAAGGCAGACAUUACUUUUUUUACCUGUCCUAUUUAUCCUACCUAAUGAUGAACUGUGCCAUGUUCCACCGUCUGGCAUAAACUUUAUUUUCUUUCUACGCUCAUGGUGCAAAAACCAUGAGCGUAGAAUCUUACCUGGUACAUUAGCUGCUGUGUUAGUCACCUGGGGUGUUUUUUCAACAAAAGUAAACCCGGGGAAAGCGUUUGGUUGGAUGUACUGAACAUUUACAGUAAGUACACCUCUUAUGAGGACCAUUCACUCCAACCGAAUGCUUCCCAAAUAUGUAACUUCUAGUUCACAUUCCAGUUAAAAUGCAUGUAAUAUAUCUGUACAAGAAAGUACUGAUGAUCAUUUUCAGAGAGCAGCAUCAGGGCCCUUUGAUGGCCAUUUUCAGUGCUGAGUGUUGGGAACCGGCAACUAAAUAUUCUCAAUGUGGUUUUGUGAAGAGUUAUGGUGGUCUAUAAAUAAGGUAGUAGGUAGGAUCUAUGAUGUCAUGUUCUCUUGUUUUGUGAUGCUGUAUGAAUAUUUGAAAUGGGGAAGCCUAGCUUGUCAAGAUUGUUGGGUUUUGAAUCGAUCUCGAAAACUGAAAACUUGUAACACUAGUGGGCUCACAACACAAGUAAAGGCUACGUUUUACUGAUAGAUGGGUAUUCCAGAAAAGCACCCAUUUAAAACUGGGUAGUUUAUGCAAGCAUGAGAAAGUCAAACUAUGGAUAUCCUUCAUUAUGACUUAAUGGGAAAUGGAAGAAUUCCUGAAAGGUGAAGUAAGUUUUGAAAGUCUAAAGUAAUGUUUUUCUUCAAUAACAUACCUAUUAGAAGAGUGGCCCUUCCUUUUGCAGACUUGUAAGGAAGCCAAUUAUGCACACAGUGAAGUAGGUUGCUUGUACUUUCUGCAUAAUUGUUUUCAGAGCUUCUGUAAACCAAAUGCCCUUGUCUCCUCAAAGUAUUCAUAAGGGAUCUGGGAUAGUGCAGUGUUUCACUCUGUAAUAACAGUUCAAUAGAAAAGGCCAAUAGGUGGCUUUAAGCUGUGAAUGUAGAUACUUGUCUGAGAAAUAAAAAGGGACUCAAAA